AAAUCUGAAGAACCUCAUCAAUAUUUAAAUUUCAAAUAUCAUAAAAUAAAAAAAAAUCCAAUUACCACCUAGUGCCUUAAAGUGAGACGGGAAGAACGUAGCAGUUCAUGCGACAAUACUCAUAAAACAGAUAUAAUCGUCCGUUAAUUUUUCCAAUAAAAUCGCAUUUACCAGGCAAUGAAAAAUUUACAAACACAAAUAACAGCACUGCUGUUGACAAUAACGUUUUUCUUCACACAUGCUAUACGUCAUGACUCAGAAUACAGCGAUGAGCUAAAACGUGAUAAUAAUAGAAACAGAAGGGAAUCAGUUGCAGGAUUGAUACCGUUUCCUAGAGUCGGCAGAUCGGGAAUCAAUUCUGGUUUACAAAUGAGCAAUUUAUAUGAAACACAAAAAGAACUGAGAGGCCAUAAAAGAGAGGGACUUAUUGCAUUUCCUAGAAUUGGUAGAAGAAGUGAUUCAAGAAACACCGCACUUUGGUUUGGUCCAAGGUUAGGAAGAUCCGUUAUGUUACCAGAAAACUAUGAUGUGUCUUACAUGGAUUCAGAUACGCCAACGAUCAUAAAAACGUUGAUUGAAAUGAAAAACAAAAACUUUAGCGAGGAAGAAGACAAUUUAAUGUAACAUUUUGUUGUGAACUUUUCAUUUUCUUAAAAUAAUUUCUUAAUAUUUAUUAGUGCGAUUUUAAUAAUUUAGAAAACUGUUAAACAUAUUUGAUACGGAAUCUUAUUUUGAACAGAAUUCGGUAGUCUCGAUGUUAUAGAUACAAUAAAUAAAU